AUGGAGCUCCCGUUUUCCGAGUGGUUGGUCGACUUACCAAGCUGCGCCGCGCCGUGUUUGACUAACGCGCUUAACUUUACUCGCUGCGCUGCGGACGAUCUGGUAUCUACGUGUUUGUGCAAGGAUAACAGCUACAUCGAGACGUAUCGUGUCUGCGUGCGAGCUUCCUGCGAGAUUGGAGACCUUCUGAUCGCCAAGAACGCAACCUGGACGUACUGCAACUUCCCCUACCAAAGCCAGCCCGGCUCCGUGUUCGGCAGGGUAUUGAUAGUCGGCGUUACCGCCAUCUUCUUUGUCGUGCGCCAGGUGGCCAAGUUCCUGGGCCUGUCGGCGUGGGGAGCGGACGACUGGACUCUGAUACUCGGAUACCAGAACGCUUACCUGCAACGACAGCUAUUCACUCUCUCCUUCGCGGUCUCUAAAUUCUAUGGAUAUGAGUUGGGAAUCGGGCGGGACGUCUGGUCCCUAUCCCACGACGAGAUCAACAGAUUCAUGCGAGUCUUCUUCGCCUUUGAGAUAAUCUACACCGUCAGCAUCGGCAUCCUCAAGGCCUCCAUCCUCUUCUUCUACCUCCGCGUCUUCAACCUCGUCAGCCCCACCUUCACGAUAAUACUGUGGUGCACCCAGGUCUUCAACGCCCUCAACUGCAUCGCCUUCACCAUUGCCAACCUGAACCAGUGCAAGCCCUUCUGGUACGCCUGGGAGGGCUGGGACGGGCGGCACCCGGGGUACUGCGUGAACCUGAUCGCCAUGCUGGUGUCGCACGCCGCGAUCAAUAUCGCCAUGGACGUCUGGAUGCUGGCGCUGCCCGUCACGCAGGUUCUGUGGCUGAAUCUGAGGAAGAGGCAGAAGCUUGAGAUCUUAUCCAUGUUCGGGCUUGGUGUAAUUAUCACCGUCAUCAGCAUCAUACGGUUGAGAGUAUUGUUAAACUUUCGCAGCUUUCAGGAUCCGACAUAUGACGCAUUCUGGCUACACAUGUGGUCCUACGUCGAACUAUCUACGGGCGUCAUCGUCGCCUGUCUACCGUCGACGCGCCAGCUGUGGCGCGACCUGGUGCCCAAGCUCAAGAAGAAAAUUGGGCUCAGACCGCCCUCACGCCCUUCGGAGCCUGGUGAAUCUGUGAGGAGACUCAAGGACAUCUUGUUUCUGAGCGGGGACCAGCCGAGUCCCACGAGCGGUCGGGCAGUUGCUGACAAGCUGCCCGAACCCUACACAUAUCGCAAACAUCCCGAGCACUAUCAUGCGGGAAAGUGGUGGAUCACCAAAGAUGGUUCCCUCGGAGACCCGGAGAGUCCACGUAUUCCACUUGAAGCAGUGUCUCCGAUCCUCUCCACCGCCGACAGCUGGUGGUAUGAUAUCGACAGAUUCUGGGAAGCCUGCCGUCGGGUGUUCUUCAAGCCCGAGAAUAGCCUUGUCUGCGGAUCUCAUGUUCACGUGUCGCCAGCGCCGUCGAUGCAGUUCUCGUUGUUGCAGUUGAAGAUGGUCGCGUAUGGCGUCGUCGUCUAUGAGCCGCUCGUCCAGCAGCUCCUUCCGUACUUCCGACGUGAUAACAGUUACUGCAAGGACAAUACGAAGCACUCCGACGCGCUCAUCGGAAUCAUGUCGUCGAGCCACUGCUCUGAGUGUGGGUUGAAAGAGGCCCAGAGACAGAUUAUGGCGGCGGGUACGGCGCAGUCCGUCAGAGACCUCAUGCAACGCAGCGCCUCUUCUCGGGAUGACAAGCAUGUGAUGUGGAAUUUCAACAACACCCUCCCGGGGAGAUCUGGCUCUAUCGAGUUCCGUGGUGGUCGUGGACUACGAGAUUACACAAUGAGCACCAGAUGGAUAGCUUUCACGGUGGCAUUCGUUCAUAUGUGUCUUUCUGAGCCGUUUUGCAUCCGAUAUCAUCGACCGAGCCUGGACGAUUUCUGGCGAUCCCUGCGUCUGGCUGCGGACUACAUUGGCAUCAAGGGCCAUCUCCCGCGUGACCCGUCGGUCAUGGCUGAGAUAGAAAGAUCGGAGUACUCUGACGACAGCAGUUUACUGUCUUCCGAGUCUGAUUCUGAAUACUCGGACACGGACACGGAUUCUAGUGAUUUUUACUCAUCGGAAUAUUCACUAUCCAGUGGCUAUUCUUACUAG